AUGUCUCACUUCCAAAGCGACUUAUAAAACCAAUACGCUCUACUCAAGGAACUAGGCAAACACUUCUAUGAAAUUAAAUAGGAAGCGCAAUAUUACUCCAAAAAUUAUACUAAAUUUGAAUUAAAACUAAAUUCUACUUCCAAUGCUUAUGAUGAAAACUCCAUGAAAGUCAAACAAACACUCUAAGAAACAACUAAUUUCUGGGCUCAGAAAUAAGAAUACUCAGUCAUCAGAAUUAAUGACAUGUCUAAUAAAGGAGAGGAAAUCAUCAAAAAAACUAAUAGUUUAAUUUAUAAAUUUUCUGAAAAACAUCUUUUCUUCAUUGACAAUUACAAAACAUGCUCUGGAAGAAAAAGCAGAAAUUCAUCUUGUAAUCGAACAUCUAGUUCCAUGUAGUCUGCUUUGAAAUCAAAAGAAACAACAAAUAUUUAUUAAGACAAAAGUAUCGACUAAACUAAUUGUUUUUAAGUUGGAUAAUCAAUUCAAGAUUUUGAAUCUAAUUUUAAUACUUUAAGUAUCAUAGAAAAGGAAUAAAGUUAACUAGAAGAGAGACGUAACUUAAAAAGAUGGACUUGA